CAACAACACAGAAAGCGCAAAUAUGCGUAUUCAAAUUUCCAAACCCCAAAUGUUGUAACUAAAAACCCUCAACUACAAGAGUAGAUCAUUUGCCAUCAAUGAAUUGGUGCUUUUGCAGUUUAUAGAAGAAAAUGGUGAAUGUAUCAGGUUCGAUCGCUUCUUGUUCGAAGGAGCAUCAAAAAAUCUAUCAAAAAUGGUUCGACUAUGUUGAUUCAGAUGGUGAUGGUCGGAUAACAGGAGAUGAUGCAACGAAGUUUUUUGCUAUGUCGAAUAUUGAAAAACCUGAUCUUAAACAGAUUUGGACAAUUGCAGAUUCCAAGCGUCAAGGAUUUUUAGGUUUUACAGAGUUCAUCACUGCCAUGCAGUUGAUCUAUCUAGCACAAACAGGACAUGAAAUAAAUGCAGAUUUAAUGAGAACUGAUGUUGAUCUGGAGCUUCUGCAGCCUCCAUUAAUGGAAGGCUUGGGUUUACUUCUGGAGAAUCAUAGUGGUUCACUAACCAAUCAUCCCUCCGAAACAAAUGGCAUUAUGUCAUUUGAGUACGUGUCACCAAGGAAGACACCUCUUCACACACCUCGUGACAAAGUCACAUCUAUAAUUGAUGGGUUGAAAAGAUUGUACAAUGAAAAGCUAAAGCCACUAGAGAUUGCUUACCAUUACAAUGAUUUUGGAUCUUCAUUAUUGUCAGAUACGGACUUUGAUGCAAAACCUAUGGUAAUGCUUCUUGGUCAGUACUCAACUGGGAAGACAACAUUUAUUAAGCAUAUUCUUAAAUGCAACUACCCAGGAGCUCACAUUGGACCAGAACCUACAACUGACAAAUUCAUUGUUGUGAUGGGUGGACCCCAUGAGGUAACCAUACCUGGAAACACAAUUGCUGUACACGCAGAUAUGCCUUUCACUGCCCUUGCUACAUUUGGAGGCACAUUUCUAUCCAAAUUUGAAUGUGCUCAAAUGCCACACCCUCUCCUGGAGCACAUGACCUUUGUUGACACCCCUGGAGUUUUAUCUGGAGAAAAGCAACUCACACAAAGAAGCUAUGACUAUGCUGGGGCGAUAAAGUGGUUUUCACACAGAUGUGAUAUUAUUCUUCUUCUGUUUGACCCUACAAAACUUGAUAUCAGUGAUGAAUUCAAACGUGUGAUUUGGUCUUUACGUGGUCAAGAUGAUAAGAUCCGAGUUGUUCUUAACAAGGCAGAUCAAGUUGAUACUCCACAAUUGAUGCGAGUUUAUGGUGCAUUGAUGUGGUCACUUGGAAAAGUGCUCAAAGCACCUGAAGUUGCACGCGUUUACAUUGGGUCAUUUAAUGACAAACCAAUUAAUGAAGAAUUGGUGGAUCCCAAGAGCAAGGAGCUUUUUGAGAAAGAACAGGAUGAUAUCCUUGUAGACUUGAAAGACAUUCCAAAGAAGGCUUGUGAUCGUCGGAUUAAUGAAUUUGUUAAUCGUACUCGAGGCGCCAAGAUACAUGCCUACAUAAUCAGCCAGUUGAGAAAAGAGAUGCCCAUUCUGGGUAAAUCUAAAGCUAAGCAGAGACUUAUGAAGAAUCUUCAAGAUGUUUUUACAAAGGUUGAAAAGGAGUUUCAUGUGCCAACAUGUGAUUUUCCAGACGUGGAGCAAUUUAGGCAAGUUCUUGGUGCAUAUAACUUUGAUAAGUUUGAGAAACUGAACCCAAAGAUGAUUGAGGCCGCAGAUGACAUGAUUAGAUACGACAUUCCACACCUCCUAAAAAACUUCAGAAAUCCUUACGAAUAAUUGCAAUUACCUACAUAACUUUGAUUAGUUUCUUCUUUCAAACCCUUCCCUUUAUAUGCACACAUGAACUGAACACUUACAUCGUGGAUUUCUCAUCCACUUACAUGUUUUGUUUUUGGUACUAGAUCUGGGUUGCUUAAACCUAGCUUCCCAAUAUUCUGUUGUGAUGGACACUGAAUGGAAAAUACCAUGUCAAAAUAAUUUUCUUUCUUA